AUGUCUAGCGAUUUCGCUAUCUAUAUUCGAGACAAGCUUUUCGACAGCAAAACAUCUGUCGACCAUAAAAUCUUACAUAGUGUAAACAAGAAAGGUGAAUUUGUUCUAAAGUUCUGUUUCUGGGAAUAUGACAAGAACCAUAAAACAUUAAGCAGAGCAGUCUUAAAAUUUGUCAAUGACAGACUUGUUGACAGAGAUGACGCCUCUUGGAGAGAUGAAGUCCAACAAAACUUCUUAGAAUGCAAAGAAGACACAUGCGCUGUUCUUGAAGAUGAAAUAGAAAACAGAAUAGAUGAGCUAUUAAAGGACAAAGAACUUUUACAUAAAUAUGGU